UUUCGCUGAAUUGACAUGGAACCAUCAAAUAAUCUGUUUUUAGUGAUUUCUUGUUGAUUUAACAAAUGAACAUUAAAAACCAAUUUAUUCCUAUGCUUGACGUAAACUUUAUUAAAGAAUUGCCAGAUAAUCGAGAUAAUGAGGAAGCUACUUGUCAGUAUAAUAAUUCAGAAUCAUCUUUAAAAUUUAACAAUAUUUUUAAAAAGAAUGAUGUUUGUACAUUUGAUCCAUAUUUUUCUCUACCAUAUUUUUCAUCACCACAAUAUCCAAUUUUUCCUAUGUUAUAUCCAACUAAGCAUCUUUUAAUUUCACAUCCAUCUCCAUUAAUGAUACCAUCAUUUGACCCAUCACCUGUUCAUUAUAUAGAUACAAGAAAUGUUAUUAAAUCUGGUUAUAUUAAUGACUCAAAUAAAAUAAAUAUUGAAGAUAAUAAAAAUUAUGCCUUUAUUGAUAAAAAUGACUAUUAUCUAAUAAAGAUGGAACAAGAUUUGCAGAAAAGUAUGAAUUCUGAAUAUUUAAAAAAUGUCACAUCAGGUGCAUCAGAAUGCUCUUAUAUUGAAGAAAAAAAUUAUAAACCAAAAGAUGAACACACCAAUAUAUAUCAAGCAUUAGGACUAUUUAUACCCCAAUUGACAUUAAAUUUACAACCUCAUUUACCAUUAAGUCCCUUUUUGACAUAUACACCUUUAAUAUCUAAUCCAUUGUUACCUUUGCUUUCACCUUAUAUGCCAGCCCCAUUUUUAAAAAAUUCCUAUUCACUUACUCACAAUUAUUAUGAUAACAUGAAUAAUAUUGAUGAAAUUAAAUGUAGACAGGAAUUAGCAACUAUUCUUAAUAAUGAUCAUAGAGAAAAAUUAAAUGAAAAUGAUAUUUUAGAAAAAGAUGAUGUAAAUGAAAAUAUUAUUGAAAAUGACAUUAAAAAUAAUAAUAUUUAUGUAAAACCAAAAAUUGAAAGUGCAUUAUAUGAUGAACCAUUACAUAAAAGGAUGCGAGUAAUAUCAAUAAGUAAAGAUGAGGACUAUGAUAUUCAGUCGGAUACAGCAAAAAUUGAAAUAGAAAUAGAAAAUACAAAUAAAAACAAUGUUAAUCAUUUUUCAAUAGAUAAAAUUAUCAAAAAGAAUGUGCUAGGAAAUGUUGACUUAAGUAAUAUGAACAGUAUUUGCCCUUCAGAUUCUUCGAUUUUUAAAAAAGGAAGUUUUAUCCAACUUCAAAAUGGUGAGACAAAGUUGGUUGAAAAUUUGAAAACUCAAGAUUUCUUAAAAAGUUCAGGUUCUAGUCCUGAUUUUGAUAUUGCAAUAGGUCGUGUUAUAACAAUAAAAACAAUUGAUUUGAAAAUGACUAAAAUUUUAUUUGCCAUCAAUGGAAUUGCUAAUAAUCAAGAUACUGAUUUAAAUAAUAUGGAAAAAUUCUCUAAUUUCUCAAAUGGUUCUGAUCACAAAAAAAUGACGCACAUGUUAGUUCAAAAAAGUCAUUUGUUUUUCGUCCAGGACACAAAGGAGAAACAAGGCGGAUGGUCUUCUGUUAGUCCAAAAGAUUCUUUGAAAGAAUUUGGUUUGCUAUGUCGCCAAUUGCUACCCUGCGAUAAUUGCCUCGUUAUAUUGGCCAAGAAUAAAAAUUUGUUCUCGGAUCCGUUAUCAAAGUGUGUCAAUCCCAGCCCAAAUCUUAUUACAAACAAUAGUUUCAAAACUUUUUUGUCUGGAGGGUGUAACCUAGAAAAUCACGAAAAAUUUCGUCCACUAUUUUUACCACCGUCGUCAACUUUUAUUUCUAGAUCUCGCAUUUCUUAAUAAACUUAUUCUAAUUGUUUUUUGUUUAAUUAAAUAAAAAUGAAAAUUAUUUAUUAUUUAAGUCUCGUAUUCUGAUUUUUAAAAUUCAUAUAGUUGUUAACGGUGACUAUAAGAUUAUAUCGAUGUUUACAAUUUUAAAAAUUAACGAAUCUCUUUACCUGAAUAACAUUUCAUGUUAAGGUAUUAAAUAUUAAUAGUUUUCUUGUCUUUUAAAAUACUUUUUAAUGAUGCAUCUAUUUUUUUAAAUAUAAAUAUAGGAAUUAUACGUAAUUCUCGAGUUGAACACUUUAUUUGAAAAACGUUAUUGUGACCAUUA